UGUAAAACCAACUCAAUAGCUAGAGAAAAAUGGCAUUACCACCAUUAGAGCCUCAUGUCGUAAUCUUUCCUUUCAUGGCUCAUGGCCACACUCUUCCAUUACUAGACCUCUCCAAAGCUCUCUCCCACCGGAGAAUCAAAGUGACCAUCAUCACAACUCCUUCAAAUGUCAAAUCCAUUUCCGAAAACUUAGCGUAUCACCCAAACAUAAUCAUCCUCCCAAUCCCUUUCCCCACGGAUAUCGAUGCCCUCGGCCUACCUCGAGGAAUUGAAAAUACCUCCCAACUCCCAUCUAUGGAUUUCUGGUUCCCUUUCGUCCUCGCCACCAAGCAACUCCAAAAGCCCUUCGAACAAGUCCUACAAUCCAUGCGCGAUUCCAAAUCCCUUCCCAUGUGCGUGAUCUCAGAUUUCUUCUUGGGCUGGACACUCAAAUCCUGCCAGGAUUUCGGAGUUCCGAGGCUGGUGUUUCAUGGCAUGGGGGUCUUGUCAAUGGCCAUAUGCAAAAGUGUGCUCGUGCAUAGGCCACACUUGAAAGCAAAGUCGGUUUCAGAGCCAUUAGACUUUCCCGGCCUUAAGCUUCCCUUUGUUUUGGAUACUUCAGAAUUACCAGAGAUGAUUGUUCAAGUAGGUGAUGCAAAUGACCCAUUUUCUCAGUAUAUGUUUGAGGUGAGCGAAGCUGACAUUAAUAGCUGGGGGGUCAUUGUUAAUAGCUUCGAGGAGCUAGAGACUGGUACUGUUUCAUCAUUUGAAUCAUUCUAUGAGAAAGGAGCUAAAGCUUGGUGUUUAGGACCUCUUAAUUUUUAUGAAAAGGUGGAAGGUGGUGUUGCUAACAAUUAUAUUAGCGAAGUACCCAUCAACCAGAAAAAACAAGGCCUUGUGUUAACAGAGUGGCUUAAUGAGCAAGUGACUCUGGGCUCUGUGAUUUAUGUCUCAUUUGGAACACAGGCUGAUUUGUCAGGGGCUCAACUUGAUGAAGUGGUUUUUGGCUUAGAGGAGGCUGGCGUUCCAUUUGUCUUGGUGGUGCGAUCGACCACAUGGUCUCCACCAAACGGACUUGAAGAGAGAUUAAAAGGUAAGGGCUUGAUCACGAGGGAGUGGGUGGAUCAACGCCAAAUUCUAUCACACCGAGCAGUAGGAGGUUUCCUGAGCCACUGUGGUUGGAACUCGGUGAUCGAAAGCAUCUCUGCUGGGGUGCCUAUUUUGGCCUGGCCUAUGAUAGCAGAGCAGAGUCUGAAUGCCAAGCUUGUUGCUGAAGGACUCGGAGCAGGACUUGGAAUCAAAAAAGUGAAAGAUCACUCGGGGUCGGGAUUUGAAGUCUCAAGGCAAGCAAUCUGCGAAGGCGUGAGAGAGCUGAUAUUGGGAGGAGAGAAAGGAAGGAGUGCAAAGGAGAGAGCACAAGCCCUGGGAAGAGUAGCUUGGCGUGCGGUUCAAAAAGGUGGUUCCUCCUAUCAAGCCCUAGGCAAGCUUAUAGACCAACUAAGGGCAUCUUCUGCCCAAUAAUUAAAUCAAAUGGCAUGGUUUCGGGAUUAAAAUAUGAAAAAGCAUGUAUUUCAUCUAAACCCUAGUAUGAACUUUUGUUUUAUCUAAACUUGUUUAAUGUACUAGCUGGUAUUGGGUGUUGGAAGGCAAGUAUAAACUUUUGGUU